UUCCUUUAAAACCAACAUGGGAAAAAUUUUCACAGUGGGUAAAGAAGAUGAUGUCAGAGCUAUUCAUGUACUUAAAUUCCUUAGUAUGGCCCUCAUCAUCUUCGGACACACAUUUUCCUUUGCUACAACAAACCUUUUCUUUGUGAAUCCUGGGUUUACGCAAGAAACAUCUAAAGAUUUCCUAUCCCAGAUCUUCGCAAAUGGAGCAUUUGCAGUGGAUACCUUCUAUUUGAUAAGUGGUGUUUUAGUUACUUUUGUUACCUUGAAAGGAUUGGAAAAAAUAAAUGGAAAAUUACCUCUUCUGUACUUUUAUUUCCAUAGAUAUUUCAGAUUAACACCUCUAUUUAUGGCUGUGAUUAUGUUUUGUGCUUACCUACAUCAGUAUGCGAGCUCUGGGCCAAAUUGGUUGCACUCUAUUGAAAUGCAUGAUUCUUGGUGUGGACAAUGGCUUAUUAAUGAUCUAUAUUUGCACAAUUUCAUCAAAACAGAGAAUAUGUGCUUAGGUCAUACCUGGUAUUUAGCAAUUGAUAUGCAAAUGUAUUUGGUCACACCUUUGGUAUUAAUACCUUUGUAUAGGAGUGUUAAAUAUGGUUUUAUAUCUAUGGGUGCCUUCCUGUUUACAACUAUUAUUACAACUGCUGUAAUCACUGCUGUUAAUCAUUAUCCUGCAGUUCCCUACAUGAAUAACAUUUUGCCUUUAGAAGUGGUGAACGAGUAUUAUAAAAAUGUUUAUAUAAAAACUUAUUGUAGAAUGGGUCCUUACAUAAUAGGCAUAGCAAUUGGAUAUUUAUUUUUGCAUAAGAAAGAACUCAUAUUAAAUAAGAAAACAGCAGCUGCUCUGUGGUGUGCCUCCAUAGGCCUUGGAUUAACGAUCAUUUAUCUAAUGUGGCCAGCCAAUCAAGGAAUGGUACAAUGA